AGGGGCAACCGAGGAGGAGGGCGCCAACGCCCAGGGCGGAGGGCUCAGGGUCCGCCCCCUGGCGACUCAGGCGUCCCUAACAACCAACUGCGCCAAGCCAACCGCCUCAGAGAGCAGUCUCCUGGGUCCCCAGAGCAGCUACGACCCCGCCCCCAUCCUGUAUCCUGCCUGCUGUAAGAAGCUUCCUACUGCAAGGCUGCCAGGAUUCCGACCCCUGCCUCCCCGCUGGCCGGCAACAUGCAGGAAACCCCAUCAGUACCGUCCAACUCUUCGUCUCACAGCCAGUCGGUUCUCACCAUCCAGCGCCAGGUCUCUGCCUUGGGCAGCUCCAGCACAGGACCCACGUCCUUGAAGACCAGCAGCACCCCUACCCCAGGCCAGCUGAAGACCAAGGUCCCAAAUGUCCGUCGCAUGCGCAGGAUCAUCUCCGAGGAUGCAGAGUGGUCACUGGCCAUCGUACCUCUCCUUACAGAACUCUGCAUUCAACAUAUCGUCAAGAACUUCCAGAACAACCCUAUCCUGAAGCAGCUGCCGCUAGAGCACCAAAAGAAGGUCUUGAGCAACCUGCCCCCCGAGCUGCCUUUGACGGUGACCGCUAACUUGAUUGACGAUGAGAAUUACUGGCACCGCUGCUGCAUCAAGCGCUGGUCCGUGUGCCACGUGUCCAGGCACGGCGGCAGCUGGAAGCGUAUGUUCUUCGAGAGACACCUGGAGAACCUGCUGAAGCUAUUCAUCCCGGGGACCACGGACCCCAACGUGAUCCUGGACCUGCUGCCCCUCUGCAGGAACUACGUGCGCCGCAUUCAUGUGGACCAGUUCCUCCCACCUGUGCGGAUGCCGACCCCGCUCCAGGGAGAGGAACAGUCGGACUCUGGCAGUGAGGGCGAGGGGAGCGAGCCAGAGAAGGACCACUACCAGCUGCAGACGCUGGUGGGUGGCCUCAAACACCUGGAGGAGCUGGACCUGGUGUACGGCGUCAAAGACUGUGGCAUGAAUUUUGAGUGGAACCUCUUUCUCUUCACCUACCGAGACUGCUACUCUCUGGCAGCCACCAUCAAAGCUUGCCACACCCUCAAGAUCUUCAAGCUGACCCGAAGUAAGGUGGACGACGAUAAGGCGCGCAUCCUAAUCCGUAGCCUGCUGGACCACCCAGCCCUGGAGGAGCUGGACUUAUCCCACAACCUCAUCGGAGACCGUGGUGCACGAGCAGCGGCUAAGCUGCUGAGCCACAGUCGCCUGAGAGUGCUCAACCUGGCCAACAAUCAACUGCAGGCGCCUGGCGCACAGUCACUGGCUCACGCACUGGCACACAACACCAACCUGGUCUUCCUCAACCUCCGCCUCAACUGUAUCGAGGACGAGGGUGGCCAAGCAAUCGCCCACGCCCUGGAGACCAACAAGUGCCUCUCCGUGCUGCACCUUGGUGGCAACAAGCUGUCUGAGCCCACAGCCACACUCCUCUCCCAGAUGCUCACUGUCAACACUACGCUCGUCAGCCUCAACCUAUCCUGCAACCACAUUGGGCAGGAUGGUGGGAAGCAACUCCUGGAAGGCAUAUCAGACAACAAGACCAUUCUAGAGUUCGACCUGCGACUGUCAGAUGUAUCCCAGGAGAGCGAGUACCUCAUUGGCCAGGUUCUGCAUGCCAACCGAGAGGCUGCCCGCCAGCGGACCCUGAAUCCUGGCCACUUCUCCUCACCCACUAACAACUGUACUGAGAAUUCUGUAGUCUAAGAUGUGGAACAGGGAUAGACGGUGAUCUGAUGGGUUACCCCGGCAACCACACCUUCAUUUCACACCCUUGAUAUGUCUGCCCCUGGUUCUGAGGUAUCGAGAAGAAGGGAUCACGAAUCUCCUUGGAAUGAGCAGCCAGAUUUGUAUAUAUGAAGAUGCCAAGGUACAGAAGGGGCACCUAAGGAUGAAAUGUGUGCACUAGCUCCCACACCUAGAAAAUGGCCAUUACUAGACCCAUAACAGGAACAGGGAAGGCAAAGGACUCUAAAAGACCAUCCCUGCUCAAACUCUUCAUGAGCACCAUCUACCUCUUGACUCACCCCACCCCUUUCCCUUUUUACUAAGCAGAUAGCUGAGCCCUGACCUCAGUCUACACACACACACACACACAUACACACACAUGCAUGAGCACACAUGCAUACACACACACAUAUGCGUGUACACACACAGAGCAGAACUAUGCCUGUCUCCCUCACCCUCCCACCCUCCCUGGAGAUGCUACUUGCCUGACGUUGUCUGCUUGUACAGAUCGCGCCCUCACUAACCCUCAAACCGGGAAUGGGGGGGGCGGGGGGCAGAAGGAUGGGGAACAAGUGUCACUGAGGGAGCAGACCAGUGAGUCAUCCACACUUUUAUUAUCCAUCAGUGUGAUUUGUACAAUCUUUGCGCUUGGAAUUCCAUGACAGAAAGGCCACAGUGUGAUGCACCCAAUUUGACAGAGGCCUGUCUUCUCCCGAGCCAGGCCUAGCCCACCCCACAAGCCCUUAUCCUCAGGACAUACAGUCUUCCAGGUACCCUCUCCUUGAGUCCCUGGCACGCUGUGACUGCCCACCAUGGGGCCACACCCAUAGGAAUCACAGACUAUGGAUUCAUGAGAGGAUCUUGGCUGACUAAUUCAAACUCUUAUCUCCCAACUCUCCUCGGGCUGAGUGACCCAGUGCCCGUCUACCUCAAAGAUGGGCGACUGCAGCUGCAAUCCAAGAGGGCCUGCACUCCAGGGACUCUUUGCAAGAAGCAGGCGCUGAGUAGAGCACCAGAGGGGGCUUGGGAGUGACUGUGUGUGUGCCUGUCGGGGGCAGCCUAGAGUCCUCUGUGCCUGACACCCUCUGACAGUUCCAGAGUGCAAACAUGUAGGUGUGAGGGUGUGUGUGUGUGUGUGUGUAUCUGUAUCUCUCUCUGUGUUUGUGUGUGUGUGUGUGUGUGUGUGUGUGUGUAGCCACAGCUGCUAGCAGAGGUUCUAAUUAGAGAAACAAGAACAUUCAGUGUAAAGUUUAAUUUUAGAGAUUAAUUAAUUUUCUGGUUUUCAUUUUCCCUGGCAAUCAAUAAAGCUACCAAGAAAA